CUGUGUGGAUGAUAAACCGAACACAUAAAUGGUGGAGGCAGAGUAAGAAAAAGUGGAUUUCUAAAUAGAAUUUUCAUUCCGUCAAAUUCGCGAGAAAAAGUGUUGUGUUUUUGGUUAAAUUGUGUCCAAUCUUUGCGAAAAGAUGUCCGGAAUCGCUUUGGUGGUGUGCGUGCCUGAGAUAAAUAAAUACGGGCCAGUCAAAGCAGUGUUCGUGUGCGGGACUGCAAAUAUCUGUACAAAGCAAAAGAACGUAAAUGGUGGCGCUUAAAUUGUGAAUAAAAAGGAAAAAUCAGUUCGCUCUUAGUUCUGACGGCAGCAAUUUGCGGGCCUAUUAAAACCCGGAAUCAUGGUUAAAGGACGUCGAACUCGCCAAACCAACCCAACGGGUCAUCUACUCACAUCUUCUUCCGCAGUCGACGACACAGCCAGUCCUAAACGCAAAGAUUUCAAGUUCGACAAUUUGUCACAUUUCACCAGCAAUGAUACAUCUGCGGCCGCUCCAAUGGUUCUACGCGGAGGUCGUACCAAGAUUAAUGGAAUUGCUAAAUAUCUGACGACCGGUAAACCUUCGGCUCCGAUAGAAAGUAAAUCAUCAUCCACAGCACACAAUUUCAUCGAUCUUACCGAUGAUAAUACGUGUGAUUCGUUCGAGAAUGUGGCCAGCGGAAGUGGAAACGCCUUGGGAGGACUUGGUUUUAGCAUGAUUCAAAGCAAUCCGGCAAGCAACAUUUUCCUGCAGGAACCGGUGCUUAGUUUGAAUUUCGACAAGACGCCCACAGACAAGUCCCGCAUGGUCAUUAAAAAUUCGUUCCUGUCAACUGAAAUCCAAAGUAAAUUCUCGCCACCCAAAUGCGACCCGAUGUGGGGAAGUGCCGCUGCAUCAGUAUCAAUCAAAAUCGAAGCGUCGGAUUACGCACUGGACUUGUCCAAACCGACACAAGUAACGGAAAUUGACUCGACGACGUUCCUAAAUCAAGACAGCAAUUCAUGUGAUAGCGGUGACAGCGGAGUGGUCAUCUUGCCAACAGGCACCCUGGAGUCGGUGGGAUCGGCCGACGGGAAGCGUCGAAAACCAGCAACUCCGCAUCGCAUUCUGUGCCCAUCGCCGGUGAAGAAUCCACUCGUGGCUAGCCCGUCUACGGCACUGGCACACUUGAACAUUCAGAGCAAGAGGACCACCCGGAGGAACGUGAAAUCCAAGCGAAGGCUUCACGUAAAAGAAUCGGAAAACGCGCUGGAAGAAUCGGAAGUGAUCAGUUCAGUCGAUAUCAAUAUUCUGACAACCACGACCACUGAGUUGGAUAAGAAAAAGCCGGUCUUGAACGAUUCGGUCAAUCCUACUGCACAGCAGAAUACCAACAAUAACCAAAGCAGCAAACAAACCGAGGUUCCUUCAGCUGUGACCACAAAUGUCGGCAAACACAGCGGUGAGGCAGGAACCAACACAAAGCUGACCGAUUUCUUCCAAGUACGACGAAGUGUGAGAAAAACCAAAAAAGAAGUUCAAUGGGAACGGGACCGCGAUAUUGAAAAGGCUAUUCGCGAACAGCGGGAAUCUGGUUUGAAGAUUCAACACUUUGAAGAGAAGGGACGUGGAAUAAUAACGACAAGGCCGUUCAUGAAGGGCGAAUUUGUAGUGGAGUACAUCGGCGAUCUUAUAACAGUCUCAGAAGCGAAAGAAAGAGAACAGAUUUAUGCCGAAGACGACAACACCGGAUGUUAUAUGUAUUACUUCAAGCACAAAAAUGUGCAGCACUGCAUCGACGCCACCGCCGAGAGUGGAAAACUAGGGCGACUCGUUAAUCACUCUAGGAACGGCAAUCUUAUGACCAAAACGGUUUCCCUGAAUAACCGACCUCACCUAGUGUUAAUAGCCAAAGAAGAUAUUGCGGAAGGCGUGGAAGUGACUUACGACUACGGUGAUCGUUCUAAGGAAGCUUUGCAGCACCAUCCCUGGUUGGCGUUCUAGAGACGUGCCCCUACCGGUCGUAGGCAACCCUAUAAAGCUUUUUCCUAUUCAAAUCGAGCAAAACCAUAUUUCAGAGCCAACCACCCGCCAUAUAGUUUUGUGCUGAAAUGAUGAAUGAGCAGGAAACAGCGAAAUACUGUAAGCAUUUUGAUGUUCCUUUCAAUUCCCAAUUAUGGUACGAAAACAAUAGUCCACAUGCUAGCAGGGAUACUCUUGGGAAACGAAACAAACAACUACUUUAUCUCGUGCACUGUAAAUAAUUUAAUUCUAAGCAGACAGUGAUGCUAAAGACAGUACAGAUCAUCAAAUUAAUCCAUUUUACAGAAAAAAAAAAUGCAUAAUGCUCUUUGAUUUGUUGGAAUGCAAACACUUGAUUUUUACAGUGAAUGUCUAGCUAUGGCUAAAUUAUGUGUCAUUUUUUCAUUUUCCUUUUACUUUUUCCAUAUGCUUUGCUGCGUUUGUGAUAAUAGAUAAAAAAUAUCAUACUUUAAACACAAUAAUAAAACAGGAUGAAUCUUCCAACAUCAAUGCAUUAGCAAUCUCAUCAUAUGUCAAAAACUAAGUUGCUCAAGGGCAGCUCUUUCAAUGCCAUACCUACAAAGUCCCCAAGAAAAUAGAUGGAAUGCAGCCUUAACACAAUUCAAAUGACCAGUUAAGUGUUCAAUACGUACUUUCACUAUUGUUAACUGAGAAUUUUCUGCAUCAAUUGGCUAUUUUUUGCAUUUUGUAUAUUGUGCGGCAAGCACAAUGGGGGGCGGGGGAAUCAAGUUUUCUUGGACCGAACCGGGAUUCGAACCUUGAUUGUGCUUGUACUUAUGCUGCAAAGUCAAUGAAAAAAAGUUGACUUGCACGUAUUUGACUGACAUUGGCGUCUAUCAAAUCAUGAGUUUAUUCUACGAGUGGAAUAAAGGUAAGAAAAAGUAAUAUCGACUCGAAUGAAGAACGCUCAAACGAUUACUCCUCUCAGUCGAGUUUUGUCACUUAUCAGGGGAGAGCUCACCAGUGAAGUGAGAAAUAUCGAUCUCAACAAGGUGACAAUUAAGUUCUAACCCUCGACUCGAACGUGCAUAUAGCGUCCGGUGGAACGACGAGACAUUUUAUUCUGGACGUCUCUCAUUCGAGUCGAGUUUGGUCACGUGUGAGACCGAGAUUUCUCGCCUCACUCCACUCUUAAGCUAUCAGAACACUAUAGCAAAUAUUGGGCUUGGAUUGAUACAGACCCAAACAAAUGUUUGACAACUCAAAGAUUUUGUCAGUGUUGAAACCAAUGUUGGUCUGUUGGUUUAUGCCUAGCCAAAUAUUUGCACAUUCGGCAAAGCGUGUACUGAUAGCUUUAGAAUGCCUGUUGAUGUGUUUCGAAUAAAUAAAUAGCAAAUAAGCACAGGCCCCACACGGAUUCCCACACGCUCACGGGCCAACUACAAUUAAGUGUUUCCAUCGUGGAGUGGAAAGAGAAUCUUAAAAUGCAUCAUGAUAUCUUAGACGCAAUAUUGUUUCAUUAUGACCUUCUCUAGUGAAGUUUAGAGGAUGUGUAGCAGUAUCCAAGAAAUUCUUAGUCUUCAAAAUCGAGCUCCAGCGCCGUUACCGUAUGCUGGAUUCUAUUUGCAACGUAAAGAGGUGUGGUUUCACUCUACCCCAUCUCCUAGACACCAUUCGCCGAAUAUUAUUUUCAUUGCUUUCGUACUAAGUUACUAGCCCACUGAAAACUGCCGUACUUUACACGGGUCAUAAUAUUCGCUUCUCUAUACAUUUGAUAUAACUCGUAAUUAAUACGUGUGCAGCAUACAUCAUUUUCUAAUCUUCGGGCGCACCUUGAUGAGUUCAGCAUUGGCAUUCUCAAUCUCGCUCAACGUGGGGGCUGGUUGGUCAGCAGUCAGCAUCAUUCAGGUUUAUUGAAGUGCUGAUACCACCUUUCUAUCACCUUAAUCUUCUUCUUUGUUCUUAUGUAACGUAUCCACCGCUACAGAGUUUGAUUCCCAAUUUAUAGUUCUUAUGAUCACUUCCACAAUUAUUAACUGAGAGCUUUCUUUACCAUUUGAUCAAAAAAAUAUCGACCGGCGAGUCUCGCACCCAGUCGCUUACUAAUACAGACAGAAUAACUGUGCGUUUAUCGUUAUGGUUGUUUUGGCUUCAUUUCCGUGAUUGAAAAAAAAAUCGGCUAAAUUUUUUUUUCUGAAUAGUAUUAGCAUUAGCAGAAAUAAUGUCAAGUUUUAGGAAUCCAUCAUUCAGUCAUCAAAACUUUAAAUCUAGUUUUAUCGUUCAAAAACAAAUAAAUGGCCAUACAGAUUUGUUUCUUGCUAUCCAGAUCAAAAACAGCGAACGAGAAAACUGUUUUUUUUACAACAAUGACGGUUAUGUUUCUCGUUAAUACUUCAAUGGUCGCAAUGUUGUAAUAAUAGGUACAACUCUUUAAAAAAACUUUGCUUCUUGUACACAGCAGCAGCGUGUUGCUUCUGAUGGUAUUCAAUCACAAGAAAACCUUAAUGUUUGGGGUAGCCAAACGAUCAAUUAUCAAACAUAUGAGCUACCCCUUAGUACGGUUUUCGAUAAAAAGUUACUAAAGUAGGGAGUGCCGUAUUUUAGAACAAUACCAUUUGGCAUAGAUUUUGUUUCACAUAACUCCAAAACUAAGCCUUGUUAUUUAACCCGUAUAGGCCUGAGUGAAAGAAAAAAUACUAAAACUCUCACUGCUCAGCGAAUACUUAACGGAUUUAAAUUAUUUUUUGUCAGUAUACUCGUACACAUAUCUAGUUUAUAAAAGUGGUCAAAGAAUCUCGGGAAUGUUCAUGUAACCGGAGUUAUUGCGAUGGAUCCCUGGGUCAGGUCGGGUGACAGGAGUUUUGUGCUUCUGUGCCCCUGGAGGUAGGCAAAUUACAAACCACAGAUAAUUUCCAGAAUCAACUAUAAUGUGGCCACUAUAUCAAGGAGUUUUAAGAAAAACGCAUCAGCGUAAACCUUGUGAUAAUCGAUUAAAUUGAAUAAUUAUAUCAACUGCAUUUGAUCAAUCAUACAAAUGACCAUUUUCAGGUCCCGCGGGAUGCCUCAAAUUUAUGAUAAAGUGCACCAUUUGUAUCUAACCAUCUGUGUCAAGAUUAUGGGAACGCAUUUUAGUGAGCUAUUAUGUUUGAUCUAUACCUUUAGAGAUUUGAAACGGUUUAAUACCUAACAAAUCUAGAACCUGUUCUUCAGCACAUUAAGCCCGAGUGGCUGCAUCUGGUACACUCUAAACGGUUCAAAACUUUUAAUUUAUUAUGUUGAACAUCAGAUCUUUAUGAUUUAUGCAAAAUAAAAUUAAUGCCAUUGGAAAGAAAUAAAGAUAACUUAGCAUGUCCCAAAAAAUCGCAUUUUUCUACCCGACUUGACCCAGUGACCCACCACAAUAACUGCGGCGACAGGAAUAUUCCCGAGUUCCUUCGGCCAUUUCUAGACAACUAGAUAUGUGGGCCAGUAUACUGACAAAAAAUUAUUUGAAUCCGUUAAGUAUUCGCUGAGUGGUAAGGGAUUUAGUAUUUUUGCUUUCACUCAGGCCUAUACGGGUUAAGGUAUUCUCGUAGAAUGUUAUGCCUGUAUGUGUAUCUUCGAUUUCUGUGAUAUAAUAUAACAAUCCGCAUUCAUGUAAUCGAAAUAUGACAACAUUGUUCAAUCACAGCCAAUGAAUCAAAUUAGUAAUUAUACACUUAAGGUGAUUAUAGAACGAAACCACACCUCAAAUUUUCAAGAGCACAAGACUUGAGAACGAAACAGCGCUACGCGUAGAAAAUCUAUCCCAUUGGUCACCACCAGCAAGCAAGUAAUUUGAUUGGUUUUCAACGCGAACUUUUGUCUGAUUAUCUCGUCUUGUGCACUUGAAAAUUCAAAGUAUGGCUUCGUUUGAUAAUCACCUUAAACAGCAAUACAUUACCCGCGCCAUCGUUGCAAAUUGGGACAGAAGCUAAACAAAAAUGACAAAAAUCAAGCACGAAGUUUUUAGAAUCGUGAACAAUCUGUUCUUAUGAACGAAAAAAUCAAAAUUGUUUUUAUGGUUGUUCUUCAAUAAUGUAUAACAAUGCUCACGCGCGCAGUGAGUAAGCGAUCCUUGUCAUAUUGUGUUCAGGUUGGGACAAUCGAUGCGGAACAUGUUUGUCACACAAAAACACAGCAUAGUGACAGCGUUACUUUAUAAUUGACUCGCUUAUCACAACAUGACAUUCACUCAUGAAAAAUGUUCGUUAACAAAACCCGAUUUGGGAAUCUGGAUUAAGGAGUAAUGUUUGUUAUUAUUCUCGAUUAUUUCUUCGUACAUUAUGAUAGUUUAUAAAAAUGUCUUUUAUCUUUGUUGGCUAUUUUUCUAACAGGUUUUAUUUAUAUCAAAAGUCUUUCAAAUGUUGUAGAUUUUUUAACCUUCCCAACUCUCCAGCUAAAGUAGAUCUUGUGUUUGCAUUAUUUUCAACACAUCUCGAUUUCAUAAAACACUUGCAUCUUGUGACACCGCAGAGCCUAACUAAUAAUAUGCAACUGCAAAUAUAGAAUAAGAAUAAGUGAUAUGCAAAGAUAAUGAUGCUUUAACGAGUUAUUUCGUAGGCAACCCAGAGAACGAGAAAUCUUGUUUAAACAGAUCGAAAAGAUAGGAAACGUAUCGUAAAUAAACUGCCAUUUUGUUCCCGAAUUAUUUAAAACCGCGAACUUGAGUCCGUUGAAUGUGUUGCAGAAAUGUAGUGGAAUUAAGUUUGAUAGUGCUUAUUUUGAUAGAGUAGCUGCAAAUGACUGACAUGGAAGUGGAAAAAAACGGCUAAAAACCAUCCAAACGUGGUGUGCCCGUUAUUAAUGCAAUUUUAAAUUAUUCCGAGUUUUGGCACUUUCCCACCAUGCUAUGAUUAGUUGGUAUGAAAAUGAAUCAAUAAUAAUAGUACAAUAGUAAGAUGAAGUAGAAAACCUACUUGAUAGAAGAAAAAUUGAUUCUAUAUAUAUUUUUUUAAUUUAUUUUGGGUACGGUUAGCAAUGCAUCUACAUAAUUUAUUCAAAAGCAAACGAGAAUAUCUCCGAGACACUGUUAGUUAAACCCAUAGAUCAAGUUAAACGAUUGAUUUAAAAUAAGUCUUUUAAGUGGCUUUAGUUUCCUUAGGGUAGUAAGAUAUUCGUUACUGGUAUAAGAAACCUUGAUUUAGUUCAGUUAUACACCGAACGGUGUAUAUUGUAGAUAAAUUACAAGUUCAAUACCAAACUAAUUUUAUAGUAAUAGAUUGAGUGAUUUUUCGUCUCAUUUUAAUUUAGUUUUGCGAAUGAACGUGUAUACUCCCAUUCGAAAGGAAUUUUGAACAGAUGAAAGGUUACUAACCAAUACUAUUUAUAAUGAUAAACCAGUUAAGUGUAUACAAACAAACACAAAAACUAUACUUAAAUGCAAAACACCGAUAGUACUAACAUAUAAAACACGUAACGUAGUGACUAGGUUUGCUAGGACAAACAUUUCCUCCUUAUUCUAUACAAACGCUGCGUGAUGGUGGUCAUUCGAAUAAGUAGCACUAGGUAUCCCUUGUGCAACUAUUCACAGCAAAAUAUGUUUACUACCCAAUUAUUAGAGAGGAGCAUCUCGUGUUUGAUUGAAACCGCCUCAGUAGCUAGUAUUUCUUUAUGAAACUAUUAAUUAGAUUACAAAGCGAGAAUACGGAUAUGCGCAAAUAAACUGCCUGCAGUGUGUACUAAAGCGAACGGAUAUGAAAUGAUGGUUAUGACGAUGAUGAUAGGUCACGAAAGUGCAAAACUGUAUUUGACCAUUGACGAAGUAGGAACACGUUGAUGGAAGCAACAAAGCUUAACAUGUACCGUUGAAUCGGGUAAAGGAGACAAGUGGAACAAUACAUGAAGUUCUAAAAAUAAAACAAAGCAAAAAACCUACCGGCAUUCUGAGAAUGGGGUCUACAUGUUUCUAUGUUGGUCGACCAUUGUGCCGAGAGGAGUAAUUGUUAGACAGUCUUUUGUUGACGCGAAGGAAAUAUACAUUGUUAUGGUCAUUGAUUUGAAUGCGAAACAUGUUAGAACGUAGAGAUUGAAUAUCAACAUUAAUUAAACGCAGUAAAACAAUAUCGAUGUAUAUUUAUACACUUUAUUGAAUAAACAUUUUGAAUGAAC